AUGGCAGAUCCCGGAGACAAGGACGGCGAGAUGGGCAGCGAGCCGAACGGAUGCAGCAAAGAGGCCGCGGCGAUCAUUCAGCUGCUCGCCGAGUGCGGAGUUAACGAGUUCGAUCCACGUGUCGUCUCCAUGCUUAUGGAUGUACGAUUUUUUUUCUGACAAUUUUUGCUUUUUAUUGAAUUUUGCACUUUUGACCCACUUGUAACGAUCCGAUCGGAUCCAGACUUUGCAGGCUUCUUAGGCUUGGAGUGAAGUAUUUUGGGACCAAGUUACAUACCGAUCGGAUCAUCUGGUCCCGAGAUACACCGGUUUGAUGCCGAAAAACCCAGUCUGUCUGAAACUUGGGCCCAAAAUACUUCAAUCCAAGUCCAAAAAGCCUGCAAAGUUUGAGACAGAUCAGAUUAUUGUAAGUGAGUCAACAGAGAGAGAUUCAGGCCCGGCUCUGAAAAUUUCAAUGCUUUUUCUGCUAUUUUACCCAAUUAUAUUGCAGGUCCAGUACACGGUGACACAAAAAGUACUGCAAAUGGCGUCGGGCCUGUCGCGACACGCCAGCAAACAGCAAAUCGAUUCGGACGACGUGCAGACGGCGGCCGAUGUGCUCGGAGUGCUGUCGACGCGCGCGCCGGACCGGGAACGGAUGCUCCAGCUGGCGAACGACAAAAAUCAGCAGCCGCUGCCGUCGAUCCGACACAAUUACGGACUGAAACUGCCGAAUGAUCGAUUCUGCCAACUGCAGCAGAAUGUCACCUACAAGACGGACGGAGAGUAUCAACAGUGAGUCGUGGUCUUGGCGCGAAAUCCACUGUGUUUAACUAUUAAUGUUUCAGAGCGGAAACGCAACAACAGCAGCAACAACAACAACAACAAAGCAGCGCCCCGCGUCCCGGCCACAUAAUCGAACCGCCGACGGCCGUUUGGCGAGCCGACCAAGUGCAACAGAGCAUUCUGAAAAGACACGCACCCGACGACGACUUCGACUCGUGA